UGAGUUAUAUAUAUUAUGGAGUAGUUCCAUAUAUAUAUAAAUGGUUAGUUUGUGCAAAUCUACUCAAUAGAGCAUUAGAAUCCAUCGUCAUAGAGUGUACGUGAUCUUUAAUUAAACCUAUAUUAGCUUGUCUGACACUAAUUAAAAUACGCCCGUCUUUUUUUUUCGUACGCGCAUGUGUGUCGAUCGUAUCGCCUAAAAAAGUGAACUUCCAAAGUCGUCACACCCGGUCCGGCAGCUGGGUAUAUUCUUCCUACUAUAUACAUGCUCUCUGUGUGUAAUUCAGUAUAAUACCCAGCUAUAGCUGCACCCUCUAGCACUACGCCCUCUCUAGCUCUCCGCGGUGUUCUAGCUAUUGGCAUAUUGCAGAGGCUGAGAGCCAAGCCAAGCAAAGCGAUCGAAGCGUAAGCAUGGACAAGCUGCAGGCCGGAAGCGGCGGUGGCAAGGCCCGCGUGGCUGCGGCCAAGCAGCACCGUUCGUCGUCGGCGGCGGUGCCGGCCGAGAUGCGGCUCGAGGCGGCCCUCACGAGGAGGUGGUGGUGGCCGCCGUUGCGGAACCGCGCAACGGUGAGGACGAUGGCCCUGCCGGCCCUCUUCGUCGUGGCGGCCGUGGCGGCGGCCGCCGCCUUCGUGCUCACCGCCGGCUGGGGCUCCUCCUCGUCGAACGACAUGCCGACGUCCUCUUUCUUCGACGGCUCGGAACCUCCGUUGAACAUCACCGACGAGCAUUUUCUGGACGGUCUUCUUAGCGCUGAUUUCCGCUAUAUGUCGUGCCGGAGUCGCUAUGAGUUCGCCGUCUACCACAAGACUUCGUCGCACAAGCCGUCCCCCUACCUCAUCGCUAACCUCCGGAAGCAUGAAGCGCUCCAGAAGCGAUGCGGCCCUGGAACGGCCGCGCACAAGAAGGCAGUCCGGCGGCUCGACUCCGGUGAGGGCGUCGUCGACGAUGACGAUGGCUGCCGCUACCUCGUCUACAUCAGCUACCGUGGCCUCGGCAACCGCAUGCUCGGCAUUACGUCGGCCUUCCUCUAUGCGGUGCUCACCGAGCGCGUCCUCCUCGUCGACGGCGGCAAGGACACUGGCGCGCUCUUCUGCGAGCCCUUUCCAGGAACGACGUGGCUGCUACCGCAAGCCGGCUGGUUCUCCUUCUCCCCGCUAAGUAGACUCCAAGGCUACGAGGGCGGCUCCAAGGAGAACCUCGGGGACAUGCUGCAGAGCGGCGGCAUCACCGUGUCCGCCGACGGGAACGUGUCGUGGUCGGCGCCGCGGCCGCCACUGUACCUGUACCUCCACCUCUCCGGCUCCUACGGAUUUCACGACAAGCUCUUCUUCUGCGACGCGCACCAGAGACUCCUCGGCGAGGUGCCGUGGCUGUUCAUGUGGACGGAUAACUACAUCGUGCCGGGGCUCUUCCUCACGCCAGCGUUCAGCGACGAGCUCGAGGCCAUGUUCCCGGAGAAGGAGUCCGUGUUCUACCACCUCGGACGGUACCUCUUCCACCCGACGAACCGCGUCUGGCACGCCAUAAAGAGCUACUACCACGCCAACCUUGCCGACGUCGACCAGCGCGUCGGCGUCCAGAUCAGGGUGUUCCAGAAGAAGCAGCCGCCACGGUUCGUGCUGGAGCAGAUCCUGUCGUGCCUCCGCGACGUGAAGCUCCUCUCGGGGACGAAGACGGACGCGGCAGGCGGCGGCAACGGCACGUCGUCCUCGUUCUCGCGCGCCGUCCUGGUGACGUCGCUGAGCUCGUGGUACUACGACCGGAUCAGGGACGAGUACGGCGGCAGGAUCUCCGGCGGCGUGCACCAGCCGAGCCACGAGGGGCGGCAGCGGUGGCGCGACGCGGCGCACGACAUGAGGGCGCUGAGCGAGAUUUACCUGCUGAGCAUGUGCGACGUGCUCGUCACCAGCGGCUACUCCACGUUCGGGUACGUCGCGCAGGGGCUCGCUGGGCUGCGUCCCUGGGUCAUGCCCAGGGCGCCGAUGUGGGCUGCCGACUGGAGGGAGGAGCUGGACCCGCGAGACAUGCCGUGCCGGCGGGCAGACUCCGUCGAGCCGUGCUUCCACGCACCGUCGGCCUACCGCUGCGCGGCGGGGAGGGACGUGGACCUGGGCAAGGUGUCGCCAUACAUCAGACGCUGCGUCGACGUUAAGUACGGCAUAAAUCUUGUCAAUGAAAGCAGCGGACAGUGGUAACAUUUGUCUAACAAAAAUGGCUACAUCAUAGCGCUUAGUUGCAAAAAGAUUCUCAAAAUUUAAGCACUGGUAUUUUCCAAAACAGGAGUCGACAGGUGAUUCAAAUGUCAGGAAUCCAAAGUUCUUUGAGACAUUGCUUGUGAUGGAUUAGGCAAGAAUUUAAUAGCUACAUCAUUCCAAUUUCUAACAAACCAGCAUCUGUUGAUGCAGUGAAAUCUCAGAAGCAAACA